AAGAAACUUCUGACAAUAAAACAAUGUUACCAUUCUAAUCAAAGAUGUCAGAAGAGGUUAUCGACUGGAGGCACGAUAAAUCGCCACAAGACUGUCUUAAAUAUUUACUGUUUAAAGAAACCUUAUCAGAUGUUCAUUUCAUCUUCAACAAUGACUAUUCGUCUGGUAGGGUACCAGCACAUACAUUUGUACUUGCCAUGCGCAGUGCAGUCUUUGAAGAUGAAUUAUUCACAGAACGUGCAGAACACGAGGAUAUUCUUGUAGAAGAUAUUUCAAAAGACAUAUUUGAAAUGAUGUUAAAAUAUAUUUACACAAACAUGACAAAGAUAACCAAUGCAAAUAGCGUCGGUUUGUUACAAGCAGCCAUGAAAUAUCAGAUUCAGGGACUAGCCGACUUGUGUGUUGCACAUAUGGAAAGAUCACUCAACCGGAACAACGUCUGCAAAAUUUUGGACGAGGCAGUCAACUUCGACAUUCCUUCAUUAAAGACAAGUGCUUUAUAUUUUCUUUCAAAUUUUACCAGGGAAGUUUUCAAAACAGAGGGAUUUUUAUCUCUUUCUUACACUAGUCUGGAUUUAAUUUUAGAUCUUGACAAACUGUCAACAUCUGAAAUUGAAGUUUUCAAAGCUGUCGUUUUGUGGGCUGAUGAGCAAUGUAAAAAGAACAAUAUACCAGAUGAAGGGGAAAAUAAAAGAAACAUACUUGGAGACAUGUUCUACAAACUCAGAAUUCCUGCUAUGACUUUACGACAGUAUUCGAACAUUGUGGUAACGAGUGAAUUACUGACCGAACAAGAACAGUUACAGUUAUUUAAGUACUUCACACUUCAACCGUCAUCGAAAUCAAAAGUAUCCGUGACAAUUGCUAAUUUUCCGAUGAAACCAAGGUUAAGGACAAAGGCUUUAGAUGAUUGGCAACCCAAAAAGUCAACACCAACAAAAAAGAAACAAGUACGAUUUGCAUCAAGUAAUCAAGUAAAUGUAACGCAACUCCCGGCCGAGCCAGUUUACGGGGAAGAUAACUUAGACGCAAGAGAAGUGGAAGCUCAAGAAGUUUUUGGAUGAAAUACUUGUACUAUGUACUGUCAAUCAGUAAUAAAACAUGUUAUCUUUAGAUAACAAGCUAGUUGUGCUUUUAAUAUUUUGUUCUGUUGAUCUGUUUUUGUGUACUCACUGAAUAUUAAUAUUUGUUAUACAAGUAUGUUUAUAUAAAAGUUUUUUUUUG